AUGGCAGAAGAAACAUAUGCCUUAAACAUUUUUGCCUGGGUUUUUUAUUUACUGUUUGUAAAAGCACUUUAUAUAUUCUUUGGACUCUACUUUUAUCGAAAAAACAAAUUCAGACAUUUAUUCGAGCAAUCAUCUCAAAUACUCACGAUCUCCUUAAUCACAAAUUUAAUUAAUUCUCAAGUAGCAAUUUGUUUAUCCUUUGUGACGAUAUUUGAUAUGUUUUAUAUACCUCAAACUAUAAUUCCGAUUUAUAUUCUUUAUGGUUUAACUCAUCACAUAUAUUAUAUUGUGAACUUAUUGAGGAUGUAUCGAUUAGGACUUCUUGAUAGAGUUAAAUCAGGAGAAAUAAAAAACUAUGAACACUAUUUAAAACUAAGAAAAAGAAUCGAAAACAAAUGAAAUUUCAAGAUUAUCACUGUUUACUCACUAAUUAUUGUAUCAAUUAGCUGCUCAAUGUUCAUUCCUAGCAUUAUAUAUCAUUCAGAACAUUUUAUUGAUAGCAUUUUUGAAGGGACUUAUUUUAUAUGGUGGUGCUUUGUUGUUGUGAUGGAAGAAAUUGGAUAUAUGAUCUAUAUUUAUAAAAUCCGCAAAGUUCACAGAAGAUACCACAUAAAGCUGGAGUUAUAUUUAUUUUUAGCUAUAUGGGCAAUAGGCUUAAUUGCUCCUUUUGCCAAUUUUGUAUCAUUUUAUUUAUAUACAGUCCCAAUCAGGAACUUAUUAAUGUUCGUAACCUCUCAUAUCUGCUUAUAUGAGGAAUCCAAAAAAUUAAAAUCAGAAGUUCCUCUGCCAAAUUUAAAUGAUUCUAGACUGAUUGCAGAAAGUGCAGUUGUCUAUAAUCAUUUCAGUAGGUAUAUAUCGAGAAGCAAAAACAAGAAAUGACAGUUUUAUUUGGAGCUGCUAAUGCUGAUCAAUAUAUAUAAACUGCAUCCAAACACUCGAGAAGGACUAAAUAUAUAUGAGGAAUAUCUAAAAGAAAAUGAGCUCAUAAGUGAAAGCUUAGCACGGAAGGUCAGAAAAAUAAUUUAGUUUAGUUUAAAAAAUUUCUUUAGCACUACAGAACCUAUAAGUCUUCUUUCCUUGAGGUCCAGCUACGAUAAAAGCCUCAGCACAGACCUCUUCACUUCAAGCCGAGACUCUCAAGAAGCUUAGACUUCUCUCGCAAAUCUCAGAUUGUAGGGUAGCCUGAUGAACAGGACUAGGACCCUACCCCUAGCUGCCAUUUUAAAUAUUGUGUAAAAAAUAAUAAAACUCUGAUCCGUAUUUUCAAAAAGAAGAUACAGCUUUAUUUGAUUGUGUUGAACUUUUUUUGACUCAUUUUUUUAAUAAUGAGGUAUUCCCGGAGUUUCAUAAGUCGAAUGACUUUAAGAAGUUGCAGGAAGAAACAGAUUACAAUAAUCAAAUGAUAGGCCUUUAUUAG